CCCAACUGAUGCACAGAUGAGUGGUCCACCCCGGGUCCUGACUUUGAACAGCUAGCGCAUCGUCUGUGGUCUCCUAAUAACAUCUCCACGCAGGAGAGGGGGGCAGAGCAGAAAAGAGACGGCAAAUCAACAGGUCUAAAAGGGGGGUCUAUUUAAAGGCUAGCGUAUACAAAUGAGUUUUAAGAUGGGACUUAAAUGCUUCUACUGAGGAAGCAUCUCUAACUGUUACCGGGAGGGCAUUCCAGAGUACUGGAGCCCGAAUAGAAAACACUCGAUAGCCCGCAGCCUUUUUUUUGGGCUCUGAGAAUCACUAGUAAGCCGGAGUUCUUUGAACGCAGAUUUCUUGCCGGAACAUAUGGUACAAUACAAUCAGCAAGAUAGGAUGGAGCUAGUUUUAACCCAUAUAGACUUAGACUUAGACUUAAACUUUAUUGAUCCACAAGGGAAAUUGUUCCACACAAUAGCUCAGUUACAAAGGAUGGAAAGGGUAAGGCUUGAAAUGAUAAUGCACACAAGGGCACUAAAAGAGGGCCAAAACAAAAGGUAUAAAGUAGACUAAAAAUGAAUUUCAUGAAUACUUUUUUAAUCGAUGUAUUGAUUGCUAUAAUCUGUAUGGUGUUUGCUAACGACUAUGACGUCACGCAGCAUUACUGUUCCUCCGGGAAGAGAAAGUGACGGUUGAUCUUCCCCAUGGUCAUGUUAAUCCAGUCAGCCUGAGCAAGAAGCCGCAGGUACUUCACUGGACGAUAACAUGGGCUUGCUGUCCAUCCUGCGGAGGCUGAAGCAGCCUCAGGACCAGGAGGUGCGUUUACUGCUGCUGGGUUUGGACAACGCCGGCAAGACCACUUUGCUCAAACAGCUGGCGGCGGAGGACAUCAGCCACAUCACGCCCACACAAGGUUUCAACAUCAAGAGUGUUCAGUCGUCGGGCUUCAAGUUGAACGUGUGGGACAUCGGAGGUCAGCGUAAGAUCCGCCCCUACUGGAAGAACUACUUUGAGAACACCGACGUGCUGAUCUAUGUGAUCGACAGCUCGGACAAUAAGCGAUUUGAAGAGACCAGUCUGGAGCUGUCUGAGUUACUGGAAGAAGGGGACCUGGCCGCAGUGCCGCUGCUCAUAUUCGCCAACAAGCAGGACCUGAUGACAGCCAUGCCGGCCUCCGAGCUGGCGGAGAGCCUCAACCUGCACACCGUUCGAGACCGAAUGUGGCAAGUCCAGGCCUGCUCCGCCAUCACCGCUGAGGGAUUGCAAGUAAACACAACUAUGUGCAAACACCUAAUCACAGCAAUACACUAAUGAGGAUGGCAUGAGCUGGGUUUGCAGGAAUAUAAAGUUUGGGAAGAAAUAAAUCCCAGAAGAUCUGCUGCAGGAUCUCUUCACAUUUUAGUCCACUUAUCUCUAAAAUUAAUCUUAAGUGUAUUGUAUAUGAUGUAAAUAUUACUCUACUUUAACUGUACACGAGGGACAAGCGGUAGAAAAUGGAUGAAAUAUUAAAACACAAAGGAAUGAUGGUAACAGCUAGCAAUGCAUGUGUGUAUGUAUAGUUUCCCAAGUGAACACUAGAGAGCGCUAUUGCACCAGUCUUGUUCCUAAUACUGUACAUAUUGAUUGGUGUGAUGGUAAUCAAUUACCAAACCAAGUUAAUAGUUGAUGCUUCAACUUUUUUUUAUAAUAGACACAAUGUGGACUUUUUAGCAGAACUUUUUUUUUAAAGUGACAUUUUUGGAUCCUACCACAGCCCUUGGAAGAUUCUUCUGCUCCCUUAGGCGUUUAGCCAGGGCAUCCAAUGUUGUUUUUAGUGGCUUCUGGCUUAUCUUACCGGAAUAAAAUUAACAGGAUUUUUCAACAGAUUUGAAAAUAGGUCAGGUUUUUUUUGCAAUUUUGAGAUCUUGCGAGGGUCCUGACAUUGGUUUAGAAGAUAUGUUUGGUCUUUAGGGUCAUUCCAGGGCACUUCAUUUUUGCUUUAGGAGGCUCCAAGGCUACCUCACUGGGGAAAAGAUGUAUAAUUUUUCAUCACAACUCAAAAACGGGUUAAAAAAAUUACAGAUAUUUCUGCUCUGAACCCACUGACGUGGGUUUGGCAAGGUUUUUUCUGGUCCACCAUUCCUUUCAAGUCCAGCCAGGGCACCUAAAGCUGAUUUGAGAGGUUCCUGGACCACCUCACUAUGCAAAAGAAAAUGUACUUUAAAUUCAAAUUAAAGAAUCGUUUGAAAGGUCUGAUUUUCUGGGUCUGACCUGUGCCCUGAUGUGGGUUUAGAAGGGUUUU